CGUGAGAGGACUGCAUCUAUCCUCGCUGCGUAUUUACCUCUGCACUACUUCUUCAUGCCAUCAGUCCUAGUGGGUUCAAGCGGCCACAGCAACCGCAGCAACGAUGGGUGGCGGUGAUCUUGAGCAGGUGAACCGAUCGAAAGUGCUUCACCUCACGGGCAUGGGGCUGCGUCGAAUACCAAAACCCGUUCUUCGAACGGUCGGCCUGACGAGGUUAGACUUAGCUUGCAACGAGCUUCCUUCGGUGCCCGCUGCCAUUUCCUCGCUCAUCAACCUGGAGCACCUGUGGCUCCAAGGCAACCCCAUCGCGUCCGUGCACUCUGAUAUUCAGCAUUGCACCCGACUCAAGGUUCUCGAUCUACGCAACACGGCGCUGACGAAGCUCCCGCGAGAGAUUGGCCGCCUGUCGACCAUUCUCGAGAUUGAUCUUCGCGGCGCCCCAUUAAAAGCGAAGAUGAAGUUCUUCCACCGGAACACUAAGGGGCUCAUGUCGUACCUCAGGGAGAGAGAUGCGAGGAAGCACAUCAAGGUGUGCUUAGCAAAGGGCAAAGGGAAAGGGCAGGAUGAUGGAGGUACAGUACAACCAACCAGAUUCUCGACAGGCAUGGCACCAUGGAAUGGAGCAGCAUGCGAAACCCACCGACCGCAAGUUGUUAAGUUCGGCUUGGAAGUGGCGAUGACGAGGCUUGCGUUCGCACUUUUUUCCCUCAAGGUAGAGCUUUACAACAAGCUGUCGACGGGCCUGUACCGAGAAGUCCUCGAUUCUCCGACCGGACGUCACAUCCAUCCCUUGAUCAAGGCCGUCUGUCUGGCCUUUAACGACCUCCAGGAGCUCAAGCAGGUUGCUCGGCACUGCGACCGCCUGUUCCCCGAGGACCUGGCCACCGGCGGGAUCGACCCAACAGCCGCCGCUUCCACUCUACGCGAGAAAUUCACGGUGCUCGGGCGAAGAAACGAACGGAAGCGCCUAGCCUCGCAGCUGGAGCUCAAGAUGCGAGCGAUCUACUACGACGUGAUCGAUCCAGCCGCCGUUGAGGGGUACAUAGCGUCUAUCUACCAGCAGGUCGAACUGCUGGAAGACGUUCAAUUUCUGGUGAGACACGCAGGGACGGUCAUGCCUCCAGAUCCGAAAGAGAUCACCGGGAUCGGCGUGAAGAGCAGCAUGCUGGCGUUGCAGAAAGACAUGACCGAAGCAAGACAAAGAUGCGUCGACGGCCUGUUUGAGACUCUCACGCAGAUCUACAACGACCAAGAGUCUUCCAAAGUACGUCGGCUGACCCAACGGGUGGCAGAAGUUUUCGCGAAGGGGAGUCGUUUCGCGGACGCCAAAGAGCUUGAAGAGCUGAAGCAGCUCAAGGCCGACGCGCAGCGCGUUUUCCCGGCGGAGAUCCGAGAGGCCGAGCCCAUCCGCGUUCGAACCAUGUUCCUCGCACAACGAAGGGAGCAGCAGGGAGACUGAAUGACUGAAUAGACUGUAUAGUCUAUGUGCGCCCCUUUCAAGAGAAGUUUUUAUCGGGAAGGUUAACUGUCGUUGUGGGUGUUGAAAGGGGGCGCUAGGAUCACAGAAUAACAAGAGUCAUCUUGUUGUUCGGUGCGACGCAUCUGCUGUCCUCCUUCGAGUUUCUUUCCGCUGGCAGUGUCUUGCACGGCAUUUAUUUCUUCUCGUCCAACUCGUAUGCAUAGCAUGGCAUGUACUGUAUCUCCGUUGACCUACCUCCUCGUGGAGGUUGAUGAUAUCUGUCAUGUGGCCAAGGGUACUUUAUUUGCCGUGACAUUUAUUUGGAGUAUGAAUCAGUCCGGGCCUUCGAUCAAUACAGAAGGACGAUGGUACCU